AUGUAUAACGACAUCGCGGCCUCCUCCUCGGUGGACGCUGCGUUGGCGACGCCCUCCCACUCCGCCGCCGCUGCUUCCGGCCCUGCCUUGUGGAGCGUCUCGUCCGCCCCCGCAUCCCGCUCACGCCUGGUGUCUACCCUGGCGUCGCUAACGACACCAGCGUCGACGCCACCUGCACCCAGGCUGGCGGCGUUGAUGGCAGCACCCGAACCGAGGCCUCGGGCGAAUCCCGGGUACUGGACGCACAACGAGUCCGCCUGGAUGCCCACCAAGUUCCUCGACUUCGACCACCUGGACGAGUCCGGCAGGCGGCCGUCGGCCCGCACGAGCGCCACCCCGCGGCCGGCCGACCCUGUGUUCGACACCAGCCUGGUGACCGACGUGAGCGUGCCGCUGGGAGCCACCGCCGUGCUGCACUGCCGCGUCCGGAACCUCGCAGGACGACCAGUGUCUUGGGUGAGGCGACGAGACUGGCACAUCCUGACCUCUGGUCCGGUGACGUACACGAAUGACGACCGCUUCCACGUGGUCAGCACGCCGUCAGGAACCGACUGGAGCCUCCACAUCAAGUACGUCCAGAAGAGGGACAACGGCACGUACGAAUGUCAGGUGGCGACUGGUAGCGGCACAAUGUCACACUACUUCAACCUCCUGGUGCUGGUGCCCAAGGCUUUCAUCCUGGGCAGCGGGGACUACCACAUCGGCGAAGGCAGCACCAUAUCGCUCGUCUGCAUCAUCGAGAACAGCCCUCUGUCGCCGCAGUACGUGUUCUGGCGGCACAACGACCGCGAGGUGGGCGUCGAAGGCGUAGGUUCGACUCCCGGCGUCUCCGUGGUCACGGAGCCGGGACCCAAAACUCACUCCAGGCUGGUCGUGUCGCGGGCCACGACCGCCCACUCCGGGAACUACACCUGCGGUGCGCCCGGCGCCGAGACCGACACAAUCAACGUCUUCGUGUCGGAGGGCGACAACACGGCGGCCAUCCAGCGCCAGUCGGCAUCGGCGGCGCCCCCACCUGCUGCGUCGCGACGCCCCUCCUGGCUGCAGAGCGCACCGGUCUUACUGGCAGCGGCCGCCGCGGUCGCCUUCUCGAGAUCGAGGUGACACUGCUAGAUGAUCUAGCUGUCGGAGAACGACACCCUUCCCGGGGACAGCAACCACUAGCUGAUGUCAUAUUCCCGGAUUCCUCCC